AUAGUUAAGGUAUCGACUUUUAUAUAUGUGUACAAAAAAUAAGAAAAUACAAAAUUUCAAUAGAGAAUUCUCGGUAUUAUUUACUGUUCUUCCUUCUCCAAUGAGAUCAAUUUCAAAUUUUAAAAAAAUAAAAUCAAAUUGAUCCACUGAUAAUUGGAGCUUGAAGUGGGUACAUUUUGUUACAUUGAAAAUAUCAAUCUAUGUUCUUGUUAAGGUUGGAAUUUGUAUUUUCCACGGUGGAUUGUGGGAUCAAGGUUAAUUGGAUCAUUCUAAGGUUGUUUUUUGAUUUACAAUGAAAAUUACAUUUUAGUAUAUCCUAGGUUUAAUUGAUAUUUGUGUAUCUGGGGUUUAAGUUUUUGAGGGGAGCAAAUGAAUGUUGUUGGAAAAGUUAGUAGUUUUAUAACACAGGGUGUGUAUUCAGUUGCCACCCCAUUUCACCCUUUUGGUGGAGCAGUUGAUAUAAUUGUUGUGAAGCAGCAUGAUGAGACUUUUAGGAGCACCCCUUGGCAUGUUCGAUUCGGUAAAUUUCAGGGUGUUCUUAAAGGGGCAGAAAAAGUGGUUAAAAUUGAAGUUAACGGUGUAGAAGCCGAUUUUCACAUGUAUCUUGAUAAUUCCGGUGAAGCAUAUUUUAUCAGAGAGGUUACUGCUGAUAAGGAGUGCGAAGCAAAUGAGGAUUCAAGGGAAGAGGUGAUUACUAGUGAUCUUGAUAAUGUUAACAAGAAUGAAAGUAUAAAGGAGGGUGCUGAUUUACCAUUGCGAGAUGAAGGUGUGACAUUGGGUAUAGAUCGAUUAGAUAAGGGAGAUUCCGAUGGUGAGAGGAGAUCUUAUGAGUUUCUGGAUGAACAAUCUUCUCUGGAGGAUUCAAUUGUAGCAGAACUUGGUUCUAGCGGAUAUGAGAGUUUGGAUAAUGCUGAGGAGGUGUUGGAAUCGCAGGACUCCAGUUCUGAAGUUGUUAUGGUGAGCGUGGAUGGCCAUUUAUUGAAAGCACCCAUCUUAGCAUCUGAAAGGAAUGUGGAAGAUGUCAAAUUAGAGACGCCUAGAUUUCAUUUAGGCCCCGGUCAGGGGACAGAUUUUUCGGAUGGUAACUCGGAGUUCAUUGAUGAUUAUAUGAGUUAUCAGGCGUCACCAAAAGCUGCUCCUGCAGACGCUUGCCAUGUGAAAAACGAGAGCAAUACGGUUGAGCACCAGACAGAUGUUUCUGAAGUAGAUGAUGAAUUUCCAGUAAAUUUGGAUGUGAAAAAACAGGCAAAUGGCAAUGUGGAGGUUAAUCAGCCAGAUGUGGUUUCUCCGGUGAAGAUUCCGGAAGUGGUUGACGAUUUAGCUAAGACGUCUUCUGGGAAACUGGGAGACAACAGUUCGCUAAAUCCUAGUAAAACCCUUCAGAAAAGUGAAUCAGCGACAGAUUCUAAUGGUUCUGACAGCUCAAUAGACCAUCGUGUUCUUAGUGAUAAACACUCAAAGGAACAGAAUGAUGUAUCUUUAGCAGCUGAAGAAAUACAAAGUGGCCAGCAAGAAUCAGAUGAAUGUACUCAACGUGAAAAUGUGAAGCAUCUUACAGAAGCUUUUCUCAAAGUAAUAGUGACAGGAGUAGAGAUAUCUCUUUGUGGCAACUUGCUUCAUGCUGGAAUGGGUUCUAGUGCUGCUAGAGAAGCCUUUGACACAAAUUGUAUAUCUGAGGAGGAAUUCAAAAUUUCUUCAGAAUCCAUAAUCAAGAACGAAAACUUAGUUGUCAGAAUUCGAGGAAACUAUCUUUUGUGGGACAGAGCUGCUCCUGUCAUUCUUGGCAUGGCUGAAUGUGAUAUGGAAUUGCCUGUUGAAUAUGCUGAUGUCAUACCUGUAGAACGGGAGGAAACCUCAAAAUCAGGAGAGGAUGAUAGUGGGAUAUCUUCGGUUCCUUCUGGAAGACGAUGGACUCUCUGGCCAAAUCCAUUUAGAAGGGUUAAGACACUUGACAACAGUAACAUUAAUUCAUCAAAUGAAGAGGUCAUUGUUAAUACUGAAUCUAGCUCAAUGUACCAGCCUAUAGAACAAACAGUAAUCACACAAGGAGGAAAGGGAUCUCCUCCAGAGCAAUUUGUGAGAACAAAUAUUCCCACUUCCGGUCAAAUCACAUCUUUAAACUUGAAAGAGGGGCAGAAUAUGGUAACUUUCAUUUUCUCAACCCGAGUCCUUGGGGAGCAAAAGGUUGAAUCCCAUAUAUACUUGUGGAAGUGGAAUGCAAAAAUUGUUAUUUCUGAUGUUGAUGGGACUAUUACCAAGUCCGAUGUUCUUGGUCAGUUUAUGCCUUUGGUUGGGAAGGACUGGACACAUUUUGGAACUGCCAGACUUUUCUCUGCAAUCAAGGAAAAUGGAUAUCAGCUACUCUUUCUCAGUGCGCGUGCGAUUGUUCAAGCAUAUCUGACCAAGAAUUUCCUGUUCAAUCUCAAACAGGAUGGAAAAACCCUACCCACUGGACCUGUUGUAAUUUCUCCCGACGGUUUAUUUCCGUCGUUGUACAGAGAAGUUAUAAGAAGAGCCCCUCAUGAAUUCAAGAUAGCCUGUUUAGAGGACAUCAAAGCACUUUUCCCUCAAGAUUACAACCCAUUCUAUGCGGGCUUUGGGAAUAGGGACACUGAUGAAUUCAGUUACAGAAAAAUUGGAAUUCCCAAAGGCAAAAUUUUUAUAAUCAACCCAAAGGGGGAAGUAUCAAUUAACCAUCAAAUUGAUGUAAAAUCCUAUACUUCAUUGCACAGUCUAGUCGAUGACAUGUUCCCACCGACAUCCAUGGCUGAGCAGGAAGAUUUUAACUUAUGGAACUAUUGGAAAAUGCCCAUGUCAGACAUCAAUUACUUGUAGAGAUUUGUCUCCAUACAGAUGGAUCUUCCAAGCCCAGUAUACAUUAAUCAUUUCCAGAUCUUUGAAAGGAGGAGGCUGCCAUGCUGAUUUUUGGUCUAAAUUUAAGGAAACAUACUUACUCGCACCCGGUGUUCCUACCAAUCAAGCAAUUAACCUUAAGUUUACAAAUUAAAUUGAGAAUACAUAUCACAUGGUGCAGGUUAGUGGCAAUAGUUUAUAUGCAAGAUACUUGCCUUAUCUUCUUUAAUUUGAUGUAAACACAGGGUGCAGUUUUGUUCUUAUUUCAAGUGUAUAGAACGGUUUUGUAGUCACGAUCAAUUCACACUUAUUUCAUCAAAGCAUAAAUUCCCGAGAGAAUAAAUUUAGUUUGUUUGACGCC